UCUCUAACUAGUCUGUGGACUAAACUGUGUUCCUACUAAAUAUAAUGGAAUGUUUAUAUUCAUAAAUUUUGAUUUAUUUUAUCUUGUAAUUGAAAAAUGGCUGAAGAACAUAAGAAAAUCAUAAUCCAAGAUCUUAAUCUUAAAAUUGGUGGUGAUAUCAACGAUCUUAACAAUGCAUAUGAACUCGAAAAUGAUUUAUUGGUUAGAAGAAAUCAGCUGCAAAGCAGUUUAAAUGUUGUUAACAAUGAGGUCCCAACUAAGUUAUCUUCAGCUGUAAAAAAAGCAGAAUUGAACUCCAAACAAAUAAAUACUUUUAAAGAGAAAAGUCUUGUGCUUAAAUCUAAGGUGGAAACCUUUCUUCAUAAAAUAGAACCUCUGAGUGUGGAGUUAGAUAAACGGUUUCAAGCUAUUCAUAAGUUAGAAUAUGUUCUCACCUAUCUCAAAUCCUUUGAAAAGAUUGAGGAUCUUUGUCGUCAAAUGAAACAGUGUAGUGACGAUGAACAAUUAGUGCUUUGGUAUGGUGAACUUAAGGAUAUGAGCAAAGAAUACAAAACUCCACAUCGUGCUGCAUAUGUGAAUGAGUACACCCACUACUGGCAUAAUGUGCUUAAAGAUAAAUUUACCAAGAGCUAUGAAGAUUAUUUGAAGCUGUUAAAAUGGCCAUUUACUGCUAAUACAGAGAACUCCCCGCCACCAAAAGAAGUUCUUAUAAAGUUUAGUAAUUUAACUAGAUAUCUAUUUCUUAUUGAGGGACAACCAAAUGAGUCAGUGUAUGAGGAUCUUGAAAAAGAUCCAUGUCUCCCUGUACGGAUACUACUUAGGCCAUUAAAGAAGAGAUUUGUAUUUCACUUUACUGGAUCUCGGCAGACAGCACGCAUUGAUAGACCUGAGUGGUUUCUUACACAAACUUUGACUUGGAUAAAGGAUCAUCAAACAUUCGUAAAAACACAUGUACAACCUGUGGCUAAUAAAUUAGAAUUGAAGCAAGUUAAAGCGGUUGAUGAGUUCAACGCUGGUAUAAUCGCAUUGGCAGCAGAGAGACUUCAUACAGUAUUAGGAUUAUACCAAACACAAGGGACCAAGGGUGAGAUAGUGGAUGUGGAUGCAGCUUUUGCACAUGCAGUUGAUGAAACUCUGGGCUUCCAUAGGGAGCUGGUAGCAAUUACUGAAAAGGAAACAAAUAAUGUUCUAUCGGUGCUAACUAAAGCCGAAAUAUUUGUCAGGUGGUUGGCUGUAGAAAAGAAAUAUGCACUUGCAAAAAUGGAUGAGACACUUGGCAGUGAGCAAUGGAGUGAAGCAGUCGCGGCCGGCGUAGGGGCGGCUGUAGGAUCCGUGGUGUGGGUACCCAGGGGUGCAGACUGGUUCAUAGCUCUGCUGAAGACUAUAGAAGACAGAUACGCUAUGCUACCACAGCCUGGACAUCGUCUCCAAUUCCUCGAACUCCAACUGGAGCUGAUAGAAGAGUGGCGCGUGCGUCUCACACAACUGUUGAACGCGGCGGUGGGUGCGUUAAUGGCGGACACGUUCCUAGUGGCUGACUCGAGCCCGCACCCGCUGACCGCCGUCAUCAACGCCGCGCACCACGUCAGAAGCGUGCUGCUUCAGUGGGCUCACUCUCUGCAUUAUCUACAACUCCAUUACUACAGGCGACAAUUCCAACAUUUCACGCAACAGCAACACCGUGACGACGAUUCGGAGACAACUACGAGCUCCACGGAUGAGGAUGACGAAACAGAAGAGGAUAAUAGUAAAAAAGAAGGAAUAACUGAUGAAACUAUGUCUCUUAAAGAGGUAGAGGUGCGUGCGAAAAAGUUAGCACUAAAUGAUCUAUCCAGGCACGAUUCAAUGAGUGCAAAUGAGAUUUCGCAAUAUGACAUAACGUCGCCUAUAGCAAACUUAGCAGUAACAGAACCAUUGUCGGGCGAUACGGAGGCCGAAGAAGCGGGAGUAUUCGCAGAAGCUCCAGCACUUCUAGCCCAUUUGAGAGACGCUGGACUUGCGGCGUUAGCGGAACAUAUCUUACUAGAGUUCAAGGCUGGCUUGAGAGACUAUAAGAAACAGAAAUGGCAUGCAUGGCUAAUGGUGGAGGAAAUGGCGCUUAGUCUAUCCGUACCAUUGUGUCGACCUCUAUCGGCUAUGAGCGCUCGCCUCACUGCUUCCGCGGCGAAACUAGCUCCCGCACUCACUUCCCGACUGCGGGCGCAUCUGGCCAACGACGUCGACCAGCAUAUAUUCGAGGAGGUGGUGUUAGAGAAUUGGUUUAACACGGGCGGUACUAUGCAGUUCACGCAUGACGUCAAAAGGAAUCUCAUUCCUGCGUUUGCGCCACCUAACAAAGUAGCUUCACAAGUCAACCAACUACCAAAGCUUUUAGAAGCGUGCAAGCUUCUAAACUUAGAUUACGACGACGCUAGAAGACUGCGCGCCGCUUUAGCGAAGCGGCCUCAAACAUCGACCGCCAUAGAACAUCUGACCGGCCAAGGAAUCCGGCAUAUACAGCCAAGCGAAGCCCUAAAGAUUUUAAACCAAAGGACAGACUUGAGUGACGCCACUUCACCCGCUUCCGUCAUGGAGUUGUUCUGAAGUUUCGAAGGGGGAGGCUUCUAAGUGUGAGGUAAGUCGUUAUUUGGUGCUGAAUUCCUUUAUAAAGUAGACUGGACCUUGAAAGGUAAAGACAGCUAUUUGAUUUGUAAUUUUGUUUUUGUUAUAAACUAUUAAAUGUGCGCUUGGAUUCGCAUAAUUAUGUUAUUAUGUAUUUAU